AGUUUUUUUUUCCUAUUCAAAUAAUUAGAAUAUUGCAGCCUACAAGACACAUUAUUGUGUCAGCUCUUGUAUAAAUUACAAUGUAUUAUUCAUUGGAUAGACAUUAAAUGAUAGACCUUCACUCAUGCUAAACUAAACCAGAGGACAUAAACAAAUAAUUAAAUCUAUAAUUUAAUUUUAAUGUGCAUAAAACUUUAUAUACCAAUGUUGAAACUUCUAGCAUAAAUUGGGUGAGUUUAUAGUGUUUGAUACAUAAACACCUAGUGCACAACUAUAUUGGAUGGAGAAAAAAGGGAAUAUACAGUAGAUGUGUGCAAGUAAAAUCCCUAAAAUAAAAAUAAACGAAUGAGGCAGCACUUAUCUAUCAUUUCAACAGCCAUAUGCAAAUUAGGGAUUAAAUGAUUGUUUGAGGUUUGGUGCAGUUUUUUUAGGUACCCUGAAUGAAGUUGAGUGAUGGGGCUAUUGAAAUAUCCUAAGUGUCCAAUUCAGUAUCCCAUGCUUGUGUGCAUCUGAAGCCAGUUCUCCAAAUUGAACUAAGAAUUAGAGGGGGGUGGGGGGUUUGGUUGGUGACCUAGUGUAACGUUUAAUUUCUGUCCCUAUUCAAUAUACACAUAUUUUCCAGUGGUAUUCCUAAUUUCCCUUCCUUCAUCCUAGCCACCUAUUGCAGGAUCUACCUUUUGUAUUGAUUGUUUGUUUGUUUUCAUCCUUUAUAUGCAUGAAAUAUUUGCCACUGGACGUAAAGCAAACAACAAUCAAUCAAAUGACAAAUAUUUUACAGUUCAAUGCCAUUUAUUCAUGUUUUAAGCUUCAUCACUCAUACAAAAUUUACAUCCAAUUUAGUUCUCAUCUACCAACUGGCCUGAAGUCGUUGGAAGCAUAUAUUGACGGUUGAGUACAGUUGCUUUAAAAAAAAGGUCACUCUGACUUUGAAUCUUCCCUUUGCUGACUUAUAAAUUGCAUUUUAUGUACAAGUAUAAGUUCAGAUUUCAGAUACUAAGUGACUUUUAAUCAUAUAACUUUUGUAAGGAUGCAUCUAGGGGAGUGUGGCAGUAUCCCUAAAAAGAUUGAAUUUCUCAGACUACUUGUAUAUUAUAUAAUGUUCAUAUAACAACACUUAAUCUAAAUAAAUGCUUUGUGCUAAGAGAUUUUGCAUGCAACAUUUAUGUCAAUACCCCAAAAAAAAAACUAUUUUUCUAGUCCCAAUUUCCUGCUCUUCAUACUAAACAUUAUGUCUUAUUAAAGAGAUGGUAUGACUAUGCCUCUUGGAUUAAAAAAAAAAUAAACAAAAUAACUAAAUAUGUUAGAGGUGUUCUGAUUGAAAUUUUAGUAUGGGAGAACAUGAUUUUUGUUGUUGAAAAUGGGUUUUGAACUGCUUUUAGUAAGUUUACUAACUGUGUCUACUCUUAGAUCGGUACUCUGUGCCUUUUGUUAUUUGUUUUAGUGGUUAGCUUUGGUCGCUGUCUUCGUGCCAUAUUUAUUUUAGUUCUUUGUAACAAUUGUAGUAUAAAUCAGGCAUUUGGUUUCCUCUUUUGAAUCGUUUCACAUUUUGCCAUACUGGGCCUUUUGUAUACAGAGAGGGUUUUACUUAUUGCUGAAACCGUAUGGUGUCUGCUAUUAUUCACAUCUCUGGCCUUUGGUCUUUAUUGAUAGUUGUUUCAUAGGCAAUCAUACCACAUCUCCUUACUUUUUAUAAGUACUGUAAACCUAUCAGAUUAUUCUUGUUUUCAAAGCAUUAACCUGUCAUAUAUCAGUACUUCUGAACCUUGUCUUGCAUAUUUGAUUUGAGUCCUUAAUUCCAUUUGAGCCAAAAAAAAAUUAAAAUGGCAAAACACAUUGUAUUUGAUAUUUCUUUGUAUUUAGAUAAAGGCAACAGCUUUGUGCAAAAAAUACAUCAAGUUAUGCACGAUAUGCUGAUGCAAUUCCCUAAAGUAUGUAAACUUGUCAUUUUUUGUCUUAUGUUUAUGACAGCGACAUUUAAGAAGUAAAGAUAAUGUGGUCAAAUUCUAUAACAAAAAAAACCCCAACAUAUUUUUUGCAAUAACUGAAGAAUUUUACUAUUGCAAUUUCUCUUGCCAAAUGAUGGCUCUUAUACCCCUCAUCCUAUAUUAUUUCAUUUGUUCAUGUCCUGAAAAUGUGUGAAAUAUUUGUCACUGGACGUUAAUCAAACAACAAUUGAAUAAUCUUAAUUGAGUUUAAACAAGGUUUCCAUGACUGUUUGUUUUUAUUUCAACGGUUCCUUUAACUUCCAUCGUCGUAUUAUAAAUAUUUAUAUUAAAUCAUCAUGCUAUCCAAAAGUUUUGUACUUAAAAGGGAAGGUAGUGACCUGCUUGACCUGUAUUUAAUAUAUGAAUUUGUGAAGCAAUGAGUUUCAAGUGGAAAACGUCCCUUUACAUACUUAUAGAAAUGGAUUCUAUAAUUUGUUUUAUCAGAAGUUGGAUCAAAAUUAUAGACUACAUUGUAUAUAUAUUGUUGACUGUUACACAAAGAAAAAGUUUCCAAAUCGUUAAUUCUUAAUGAAAUGUAACAAAUAGUAGGCGAAAAUAUUGAAAACUGACACUGUCUCUAUUUUGAACUAAUAGGGUGUGAAAUGUGAUUUCAAGACAGGAGAAACAAAAAUUAGGAAAAAAUAUGUCGGAACAGUACUUCUGUGCUUGUUGUGACGAUAAAGUGGAAGCAGAACAUUGGUGUUCAGAUUGUACCGAAUCAUUAUGUGAUGAUUGCGCAACAAUCCACUGCAAAACUACAUUAACAAAAAGACACAAAGUAGUCCGAUUACAGAAGGUCGAGGGUGUCAGUUCUUCCAUAUUAAGAAUAUCCGACACGUGUAAAGUGCACGAACGUCAAAAAUUAACGUUUUUCUGUAAAAUACACAAUCAGUUGUUAUGCGCUGCCUGUUUACCAGAGAGCCACAAAGACUGUGUUGACGUUAUAACCAUUGAUAAAGCAUCAAGUGGUGUCAAAUAUGGGUCUGCUCUGGGCGACCUGGAGGCAAAAAUAAAGGAGCUGCGAGAGAUCAUCAUAGAAAUUCUGCGAACUAAGGAUGCAAAUACUACUACAUUAAACGAACAAAAAGAAUUGAUUUCAAAUGAAAUCAAACGAAUGCGAUUAAAAUUAAACACACACCUUAACAGAAUAGAAGAAGAACUGAAGAGUACUUUAGAGGCAAAACACACAGAAAGUAUAACCAAGGUUCAACACGGCCGGGGAGAUCUAGCGCAUGCCAACAAAACUUUAGAAACAUGGGAGAAUGAUUUAGAGAACUUGAAAGAUAGUGCCACAGAUGUCCAUAUGUUCACUGUUGUCAAAACUUUAGAACCAAAAUAUACAAAUGAAGAGAACAAGAUACGAGAUGUCCAAUGGGAUAACAUCAAACUCGACCUAGAAUUCCAACCGACCGAUAUUGCUGACAACAUAAAGGCUAUAUUACCCGAACUAGGUAAGUUAUUUGUGAGGGAAACCAAUGCCACUGGACUGUUCAAGCUUAGGAGACUUCGUCAACGUUUGCAGGAGUUACAGCCGCCACUUAAUGUUCCAACCCAUAAGUUUGAUACAUCUCGGCUAGGACCUGAUAUAGAAGUCAAAAGGGGGUGUUUUCUUCCUGACAACAAGAUCAUGCUUUGUAGUUACAAUGACGAAAACUUACUUAUUUGUAAUACUGAUGGACGCGAGCUCCGUAAACUAAAAAUGCAGUAUAUUCCAUUGGAUGUUGCUGUAUUCGACGACAAAUGCGCGGUAGUUGCUGCAAACGAGCGUGGUGUGCAACCCAUUGACCUCACACUAUAUAAAAGAGAACCGUAUAUAUCAGUACCAAAUGAAAAAUGCGUUGCAGUUGCCUGUUUUGAAAAGUGUAUUGCAGUUGCGCAUGACAUUAAAGCAAUAACUGUUAUUGACAAAGAAGGUAAAAAGUUGAUCAGAGUUGUAUUGAGAUUCUUUCCUCGAUAUUUGACGUACAAUCAUUCAGGUCGCAUGUUCUGGACUAACACGAAUAAUCAUGAGAUCAACUGCAUUGAACCAGAAGGAGCCCAGAGGUUGUACUGCAGUAGUCCAUACAUAAACGACCCGAGAGGUGUAGCACUUGAUGAAAAUGAUAAUUUAUUCAUCGCCGGGUCCAAGAACGUACACAAGAUUUCAAAAGAUGGUAAGGCACAAGAAAUUAUUCUGACAGAAGAUGAUGGUAUCAGAGAACCACAGGAUUUGUCCAUUAGUAUCAACCAUUACGGACUUUCACAUGCCCUGUUAGUUAUUAACAACCAUUUACGAUCUAUUGAAACUUUCAGACUUGAGUGAAGUUUCAUGUACUAGUAUUUAAUUUUUGUUUUUUUGUUGACACAUGUUUAAUUACUUCAUUUAUAUGUUAUUGUUGACUCAAUAUAAGAAAAUAUUGAUAAAUUUCUCAACUUUG